GUUCCCCGCAGCGGCGGCGUCCUUCCGCCUCGCCCUCUGCGCCCUGAGCCCGGCGCGAGCGCGUGGGGCCCGCGCUGGAAGCCCCCCCGGCGCCCGGGAGCGCGGGGACCCGCGAGCGGGGCGCGGGGUGGGCUCCCGCGCCGGCUCAUGGCCGCGGCCGCCCCUCGCGCACCCCGAGGCGCCGCGCCCAGCUCGCCCUCGGCGCGUCGGCUGUGCCCGGCCGCCCCGGCGCCCGGCAGCGGCUGAGCCGGACCGUGCCCGCGCCCGGCCUCGGGAUGACGGUCCUGCCCCUCCUCUGGCUCGUUUCCUACUGUGUUGGAACCUUGGGGACUCAUACUGAGAUUAAGAGAGUGGCAGAGGAAAGGGUCACUUUGCCCUGUCACCAUCAGCUGGGGCUUCCAGAAAAAGACACCCUGGAUAUCGAAUGGCUGCUCACCGAUAACGAAGGCAACCAAAAAGUGGUGAUCACAUACUCCAGCCGUCACGUCUACAAUAACUUGACUGAGGAACAGAAGGGCCGAGUGGCCUUUGCUUCCAACUUCCUGGCAGGAGAUGCUUCCCUGCAGAUUGAGCCUCUGAAGCCCAGUGAUGAGGGCCGGUAUACCUGCAAGGUGAAGAAUUCAGGGCGCUAUGUGUGGAGCCACGUCAUCUUAAAAGUCUUAGUGAGACCAUCAAAGCCCAAGUGUGAGCUGGAAGGAGAGCUGACGGAAGGAAGCGACCUGACUCUGCAGUGUGAGUCAUCCUCGGGCACAAAGCCCAUUGUGUAUUACUGGCAGCGAAUCCGGGAGAAGGAAGGAGAGGAUGAACAUCUGCCUCCCAAAUCUAGGAUUGACUACAACAACCCUGGGCGUGUUCUGCUGCAGAAUCUCACCACAUCCUCCUCUGGACUCUACCAGUGCACAGCAGGCAACGAGGCCGGGAAGGAAAGCUGUGUGGUGCGCGUGACUGUACGGUAUGCACAAAGCAUUGGCAUGGUCGCAGGAGCGGUGACAGGCAUGGUGGCUGGAGCCCUGCUGAUUUUCCUCUUGGUGUGGCUGCUAAUCCGAAGGAAAGACAAAGGGAGAUAUGAAGAGGAGAGACCUAAUGAAAUUCGAGAAGAUGCUGAAGCCCCGAAAGCCCGCCUCGUGAAACCUAGUUCCUCCUCCUCCGGCUCCCGGAGCUCCCGCUCUGGCUCCUCCUCCACUCACUCCACAGCAAACAGUGCCUCCCGCAGCCAGCGGACACUGUCCACCCAGGCGGCCCUCCAGCCAGGGCUGGCCACCCACACGUACAGCCUCGUGGGGCCCGAGGUCAGAGGUUUUGAACCAAAGAAAGACCACGAUGCUUCCCUGACCAAAGGAACCCCACCCAGCUUGAGCCCCAGAUACAGCAGAGCCUCAGGAACUGUCUAAAUCAGAGUGGACUGACCCCCAUGUUUUCCUAGGACUCAGGAUCUUAGGACUGUUCCAGCCAUUGGCACUCAGUCACCAGCCACACAGCCCCCAAACCAGAUGAGAGGUUCCUUUAAGUAGCAGUGAGCAUUGCAUGGAACAGAUUCAAAUGAGCAUUUAUAUGACAACAAACAAGGAAAAGGCUGUAAGCUGAUCAUCUCCAAAAGGGCAUUUCAUUGUGCCUGCAGACCAGAGAUCCAAAUCUGUGUUGCUGACCAGGACCUGUGGUAGAAAAGGUUGGGGAAAGGGGAAAUGAACACACUUAAAACUUCUCACCUGAGAUGUUUUGUACCAAUACUUUGAUUCACCAUUGUCAAGAAGAAAUAUGGUGGUGUUCAUAAAUAUUCUAUGCAUUUUUCAACCUACUGAAUAAUUGUGAUUGUUCACAGUCAAACAGAACCCACAGCCUUAUAUCACACCUGUCUGCACCAUGUACUGGGGCUUACUGCUUCAAAGAAACUUCAAAAAGGAGACAUGUCUCUUCUAUUCUGACUUGAUUUUGCUUACCACAAAAUUUGGAUAUUAACUUCAAGAGGAUUUGAAAUAGUGGGAGAUGGAGACGAAUGACUGAGUUUCUCCCAUUCUGUCCACUACUAAUCUUCCUACUUACACUGAACCAUAGAACUAAAAAAGGAGUCCAAAAUGUGCGACAAGGGACUGUAAACAACUUUCCAUCUUUUUGAUGUUCAGAGAGUCACUAAUGAAUAUAAAAUAUAUAUACUGGAACAAUUGUGGGCUUUCCCUCAAAUCAGAUGUCUUUUUAAGGACUUCCCUGCUGGAUCUCUGGAGCAGGAAAACAUUUACCACAUGUCAUUUAACAACGUCUAUACAAAGAAAUCUUCUAGAGUAAACCAGAUCUUUAAAAGACGCUGAAAAAUCAUCUGACAUACCAUUCGUUCUAUUCUCUUCUUUCUGAGAACGUAAGAAACCAGAAUUUCAAGAUUGACUAGACUAGACCAGUUUUCUCUUAAUAUGUCAAGGCGUGGAGUAAGAAGAUUUAGGAUGGCACCAAACUUGGAGCUUCUUCCAUUUCCUUCAUUUUAGGAGAAGGAUGUGAACCUGGGACUUUUAAUGAUUCUAGGCCUCAAGUUAUCAAAAAGAUCAGGGACUGCCAACAUUUUAUAAUGGCACUGCAAGUAUGUCAUGAUCAUUUCCUCCUGACAGGUUGAGACUGAGAGAAAUCUGUUAUUUUUCCAGCUAAGCCUCUAAGAAGUCUAGGUCUGGGCUGGAAAGAAAGGGAAAUAACAGGUAAGAGUUGGUGAGGACAAGUGGUAUAUGACAGGAGAGGGCUGGUUGGUGACUGUUGUUAACACUGUAAUUGUCAGCAUCUUGGAAAGAAUUAGUAGAGAUGAUUCACCGGGAUAGCUAUCAGAAGAGCUGAUUCAUAGAAGAAAGGUGUCUGAGAAUAAAAAGCAGCCACUCCCAAUGACAGUAACUUGCCUUUUUAGUAGUUUUGACUAAUCUGCCAGUCAAAUUCAUUCUAUGGCAAGGAUGCUAAACCUGACAUCGCCCUUCAAGGAUCCUACUGCAAAUGUCAACAGGUCACCAUUUGUAAAGCAAAAUAUUUGUUAUUAAAAGGACAGCAGGACAAGGAAAGGGAAAAGUAAUGCUGAAUAUGGUGAUGAAAGCAGUUUCUAAAUUGGGAAUCAGAUGCUUAAAGGGGGAAAGACUGAUCUGGGAUUUUGCCUCAUUUCCCUGGUUUUUCAUUUCUACAUUUAACCUCACAAUAGAACCCUCAUACAGUGCAAAUGUAUUUCCUUCUAAAAUCCUUUAAGAAAUAGGGGUUUAUCCCUGGGUGAAAGUUUUAAUCCGAAUUUUGUCUUCCUCUAAAAAAAAAAGGGAAAUGAGAGACACAGAGGAAGUAAAGAAUGUCUGCUAUCAGUUUAAGAGGGCUGGCAUAUUUGGAAUGUUUCUUACACUAGCACUGCCUCAUUGUAAGAUACAGAACUCCUUACUUAACACCACUUUUCUUAUUCUUCCGAUAGUGUGGUAUCUAGUUAACAAGUCACUUCUGCUAUGUAAUUCUGAGAAGUGUAAUUUCUAGAGUACCUGAGCCAAACAAGUAUAGCAGGGAGGCUGCAGCCAUACCAUCACAAGCAACCUGCUCUUAACACUAGUUACUCCCUUUGAACCUAAGGUUUCCCACCUAAGCCUUCGAAAGCAGGGAUCAGUCCCUUACAUGCAACAGAGGUUUAGAUUAUUUAAACCUGUUAGUUAUUAGAAGACCAAAACACCAGCUGAAUAUCCAGAUUAUUUUGGGAAUCUAUUCACACUGGAAAUAUACAAAAAAAUUUCACAAAUCACAUUACUACCUAAAAUCUGAGAAGUCCUAAGGAAUUGAAGAUUCUGAGAGAACAGGUGCUGGGGUUUUAGCAACAACAGUGCACUUUCUCUUUGAGUCAGUCUUUUGGGUUCAGAUAUGAGUUUUUCAUUUUGAACGAAAUGGGCUUAAAAUAGUUUGAGCCACUUUUGGUUUCAAACCAUAUUCCAUUAACUUGCAAGUCAAAUAAAUUUAAUUCUUUAAUAUGAAACAGAAAGGAUAAAAUAACUAAACGGUAGGAGGAAAAAUGUUUGUAGAAAGAAGACACUGAUGAUAUGGACGAUUAGAGAAUAACCACUUCAACAAAAGACGUAAACCAGACCUAAAUGUGUGAAAUAUGAAUUUGAUGCCUUUGUUGUUACACUAUGUAAAAAGUUUCAGAAUUGCCGUCGCAAAAAGACAUGUCAUUUUUCUUUAUUUCUGAUGUUAAGCUGUUUAUAUUUCAAUUUUAACUUUUAAGUUGCCUUGUUAUUGGGACUGUUUGAUCACAAAAACCAAAUAUUUAUUACAGAUGCAUCUGUAUCAGCAAUUAAAAAAUAAAUAAGUAAACGUGA